AUAUUCAAACAAGAGGAAUUACAAAGAAAACCGGGGAGUUAGCUAGGGACACAGAAGACUAACCAAGGGAAGAAGGGUUCUGGAGACUUGAAGUAGCCUACAGGACACAUACGCCAUUCAUUUGAAAUCCCGAAAAGAGUGGAAUUUUAACAUAAGUUUAAUUGCGGAGACCUCCACUAUUAUAGUUUACUGGAGUAAGAGAAAAUAAUUUUAAAAGAAAAUCUUUAGAAAAAGUAACACUUAGGCUACUCCGUCAACUGAUUUAAGAACAUUUAAAGAUACUACAACAUGUUAUAUUUCCCGUAUCUCUGCAUCUCUAUUUGGGUACUUGGGUUUCCUGUCAGGACAAGUGCAUUGAAUGAGAACGUCGACGUACUAGUGCUUUUACCUCAAAACAGUUCCUACAUUUUUUCAAUUUCAAGAGUUUCUCCAGCAAUAGAAUACGCAAGACAGCAACUUGCCAAUGGUCACUUUGCUGGUUUGAAUUUUAAUUUUCAAUAUGUCAGUUCAGAAUGUGGGGUGGAUGCUCUGUUCGCGCUUGUGGACAGGGCGCCAGAUGAACGACCUGACCUGAUCUUCGGUCCUGUUUGCGAGUACGCUGCCGCUCCUGUGGUGAGGGUGGCAUCACACUGGAACAUCCCCGUCAUGUCAGCAGGUGCUUUAGCAUACGGCUUCAUCAAUAAAAACUCUGAAUUCUCGCUUCUGACACGAACUGCUCCAAGUUACAUGAAAAUGGCGGAGACGUUCGCCGUUAUGUCCCAACAUUUUGGCUGGCGAAGCGUACUCUUGAUAUAUCAUGAUGACAAAGAGGAAAGAAACUGCUACUUCACAGUGGAAGGUGUCCACGUCCUUUUGGAAGAUGAUCACGACAUUUCUGUGUUUGUGAUGGAUUCUAGAGAACCGCUGACAUACGUCGACGAGCUCAUCAAGCCCAUGUACGAGCAUGAAGUGGUGAUCAUGUGCACCUAUGCAGAUGUAGUGCGAGAGAUCAUGCUGAAUGCCCAUAGACGGAGAUUAACCACCAGCAAUAGACUUUUCUUCAACAUUGAGCUCUUCAACUCCUCCUCUUAUGGAGAUGGAUCUUGGAGGAGAGGAGAUCGAUAUGACAAUGAAGCAAAGGCAGCCUAUGCUUUUCUGAAUACAGUGACACUACUGAGGUCCACCAAGCCUGAGUUUGAGAAUUUCUCUAUGGAGAUGAGGAAAUCCUACCAGAAAAUGGGAGUCGAUGUUUGUGAAAUCAACAUGUUUAUGGAGGGGUUCCAUGAUGCUUUACUGCUGUAUGCACUUGCCUUAGAUGAUGCAAUGAAAAGCGGUUACACUAAGAAGAAUGGAAAGGAGAUCACACAAAGAAUGUGGAACAGAACAUUUGAAGGCAUUGCUGGCCAGGUGUCUAUGGACGCCAAUGGUGACAGAAACGGAGAUUUCUCUGUGAUAAGCAUGACAAACCAUGAAACAGGAUCCCAUGAGACUGUUAUGAGCUAUUUUGGCACCAAUGGAAGUUUGCAGAUAAAUCCAGACUUUGACCCUAAACUGUUCACUGUCCAAGGGGCACCAGGACCUCCAUCCUCACAACCAACAGACCAAUCAUCAGGUGGACUAGGCUUAUCAGCAGUGACUGGAAUUAUAGUUGGAGGACUUCUUGGAACAGCACUACUUAUGGCAUUCUACUUUUUUAGGAAGAAUUACAGGAUAACCAUAGAAAGGAGGACACAGAGAGAACAGUGUGAUGGCAAGCAUCGUCAGUUAAGAGAGGACUCCAUCAGAUCAAACUUCUCUGCAGCGUAGGCUGUACCAGACCAACAAACAUGCAAGUGGCAGUCCAGAUCUGGCGAAGGUGUGUGUCAGAUGUGUCUACAGACUAAAUAAACACCAUCCCAGGAGUCCUGAAGUAUUUAAAGACAUACUGUAGUUUUUUUCUUGUAAAUGUCUCUUGUUCUUUACUUUCAUAAACUCAGGAAAGUUACUUUAAUUAAAGAGAGCUGCUUGUAUGGCUUCUUGAAUGAAAAAAGAUGGGUCUGUUUUUGUUCAACUAUAGACCUUGUGCUUUCUGAACAAGUUAGCCUUGAAGAUGAAUUUGUAAAGGCCCCAUAUUGUACUGAAGUCUGUUCAGUUCUUGGAUUGGUGGAGACUGGCAAUGACGAGUUAAAGGUAUAUCAGCAAAUGUAAGUAGAAGAGAGGAAAGGGUUAUAGAAGAUGGAAUGCUUUCUACUCACAGAUCAUUAAAAUACAUGUGAGGAGUGAGGAUUCUAUCUUAAGGUUUGGUGUAGUCUUUAAGAAGAGGCACUGAUCAACACACCUGAUUUGAACUGUAAAACAAAAUCUUAAAAUCAUAAGAUUAUGAUUUGUAAAACUGAUGCUUUCACAUGAAAUGUUAAUGUUAAGGAAUGUUAUUAAAGAAUGAGACAUCAGUUACACAUCUCUGAUGGACAGGCUGCACAUUUUAGUUUGUCCAAAAUAUAAAUGAUAGAGGCCAGCGUCAGUUGAUUAGGGAGAGGAGGCUCUUAAAGGAAAUACAGAUAUGAAUAAUAAUAAAUAAUGAAUAAUAAUGUUUUUGGAAAAAAAAACCUAUGUUUAUAAGUAGAAAUUAUAUUGCACAUGUACAUUUUUGGAAAAUCCAUAUAUGUAUCUAAAUCUACUUUGUCAGGAAAUGCUCCUUAAUACACCAUUUUAAUUCUAUAUGAAAUAUAUAUUUUCCAUGUGUCAAAUUUAGAUGUUAAAAUGUGAGAUUUCACAUAAUGCUGUGUUUAAAGUUUGUGCAAACAUAUAUUCUAGGGUUUUAUUCAAGAUUAGUUGCAAUUGCAAAUGUGUACUGAUGUAAGUAAAUGUAUCUACAUAAUGUGAUGUUAUUUAUUGAUCUUUAUUUGGUAGAGGUUUCUGUUCCUUAGUGUUGAUUUAUUAAUGUUUUUUUUUUCUUGUGUGGAACAUAAAGAACCCUUUUUUAAUAAAACAGUUUAUCUGCCAUGUGGAGCAUAUUUUGCUUGAUCAUUUGUGUACAUGGCUGUGUAAACAAACCCAGGCAGAACUGUAACUUAUUUAUAUUACCAUACAUAUUGACAAAUAAACAACAAAUAUUUUA